AUGGCAGCUCAGUAUUCUGAGGGCAAGACUCCCGAGGCAGCGUUUGUGGAGGACUCAUCUGAUCCGCGAAAUUCUUUGGAGAAGGAGAAAUCUUCUGCCAACAAAACUUUGCUACGCAAACAAGACUUCCGCUUGAUUCCCAUCUGUGCCACCAUGUAUCUGUUGGCGUACUUGGAUCGCUCCAACAUCGGGAAUGCCAAGGUCAUGAACUCGGAAGAGGGACACGAUCUAAUGACCGAGACAAAUAUCUCAGGAACCCAAUACGCCAUUGCGCUUAUGGUUUUCCUGAUUGCCUACACUCUUUUCGAAGUCCCCGCAAACACGUUCCUCAAGCGUCUUGGUCCAUCAAAAUGGUUCGCCUUGCUACUUUGCUGCUGGGGCACCAUAUCAAUGUGCCUCGGUGCUGUACACAACUAUGCUGGCCUAACUGCUGCAAGAUUCAUGUUGGGCAUAUUCGAAGCUGGCCUAGCACCUGGUCUUGCAUAUUACAUUUCCUUCUGGUACCGAGCAAAUGAACGGUCACUUCGAUUGGCGUUCAUUUAUUCAACGGCGACCCUUGCGGGCGCAUUUGGUGGUUUGAUAGCAUAUGGAAUUUCCCAUAUGAACCAGGUGGCGGGAAUAUCUGGAUGGAGGUGGCUUUUCAUCCUUGAAGGAGCACCAUCAGUUCUAUUCGGCAUCUUUAUAUUCUUCUACCUACCAGAUUAUCCGGAGACAGCAAAAUUCUUGACAACUGAGGAGAAGGAACUCGCAGUGCUGCGAAUGGAGCACAAUGGCUCCAAGGGCAACGCGGCACAUAUGACAUGGGCAGAUGCAAAAGAAGUGCUCACGGAUUGGAGACUUUAUAUCCAUUAUAUUGUCUACUUUUCUAAGUCAUGCCCGUUCUCUAGCUUGUCCUUGUUCACGCCUUCCAUCACCAAAGGUCUUGGUUAUAGUUCCCUUCAAGCUCAACUGAUGACUGUUCCACCUUAUGCUGCGGCCUUUGUCGUCACAAUCUUGCUUUCGUUUUACUGCGAUAGAUACGAAGCACGCGCAAUGACUACAAUCGGUCUGAUGCUUGUCGGUGCCGCCGGAUUUAUCGGCUCUGCAUGUCUUCCCCCGACUUCCUAUACCUCAAGAUACGCCUGUCUUGUGAUCGCGGCCUGUGGAACAUUCGCUACUAUCCCCAUUCUACUAGGGUGGUUGUCUGCAAAUCUUCGAUCCACAUCUGCCCAGGGCCUUGCGCUGGCACUCAAUAUAUCUUUCGGCGCUCCUGGUCAAAUCUUGGGCGUCUGGAUCUACAAAGGUUCGGAGCAGAAGAAGGGCUAUCCAACAGGCCACUGGAUCAAUGGAGCACUUUUGCUUGUUGGAUCUGUGCUCACUGGUGCUCUGGUCGCACUGUACACCUAUCGCAAUAGGAGAAUCGAUAAGGGAUUGGUGGUUGAUAAGAAGUGGGCAUUGUGAGUGUCUUUCGAUUGAAAAAUAAGACUCUGGCACUACGAGUAUGAAGACGAGACCCUAGUAAACGUUAGAAAGAAACAAUGUAGCAAUUAAAUAGAUCUCCACUGUUGACACCUUAGUGCUGGUUAAAACGCAUUAUUGUAAGAUGUCGUGAGCAUAUGGUCAAUGUUCUGUG